AUGGAGGUUGGUAAUAUUAUGGGAGACCAGUUUUUACCAAACAACCACGUAGUAACUGAAAUAUCAAACACGGAAUCGGCCAACAGUGAACCAAGGCGUGACGGUUCUGUACAUCAUCAUCAUCGUCGAAAACGGUCCCACGUGUCACCACUUGCGCGGUCUAGACAGUCCAUGAAUUCGCUAGAAUCACCUCCAUACACAGAAUGCGGCCUUUCACGUCUGAAAGACCAUGUAGAAAUAAUAGACUCUGCUGAUGAAGAUAACGGUGUGGCUAGUUGCAAUUCUGAAACUCUUCUGAAUAAUGAAACUGCUCAGACAACUGAAAAAUCUGUAAAUGCUCUAAAGCUCACCAAAUUGGAUCCAGAGUUCCGUGAUUUGAUCUCACGUUAUGUGUGCUCUGACUAUGUCAUUCAUUGUCUCGAACUGGCUGGGUUUUGUUCACCGUACGUUAUCGCCCGAAUGGAUUACCAUCAGUUGCAGAGACUGGAAGCCUUCGUAGGACAUGCAUGUUCAGUUAUGAAGUCAGCUAGUCUGAGAGAGCAUUUCGUAGGGCCUAUUUUCGCAGAUGAUCCUCUUAAGUUCAAACUGCCUUCUGGUGCAGCUUGUGGAAUUCUUCUUGCGGCGAAUGAAAUACGUAAAAGGUAUCGCCGUACUCAGUUACCAGUAGAAAGUCAAAAUGUCAUUGAUGAGGAUGUGAUAAUUGUCCCAGAUUCGUGCGACCAAAGUUUCAAUGAUGCAGCUUGUCAGACAUACUCAUCAGCAUUUCAUUCGCUUUCUGUAUUGUCCCCAGUGCCGAACAUUUCAACUGAUGCACUUAGCGUUGUGGGAAAUCUAGAAACCACAUCUCCUACAGCGGCUAUGAAUUCAAAUCCUAGGACAUCUAAUUCACCAAACUCACUAAAGCUAGAAUCAAAUACCGCAUCAACAACUGGAUCAGCAGCAAUGAUGGCUACUACUAUUGUUACCGCUGCGACUGUAAGUGGAAACGGAUUUAAUAAUUCUAUGCCGACUGAAAAUAGUUCGGCAACACUCCCUACUUUAAAUAACUCCUCAUCUGUCGAUGCCAGUUCCAUCCCUCAUCCACGAACUAGCCCCUCACCAGUGCCAUCACGUGUAUCAGUUUCAGCACCUAACGUUCAUACUCCCACCGUAACUUCAAAUACUUUUCCCUCGCAGCCUAACUUUGUGCUCAGCCCCUCUCCCAUAGAAUGCGGCAGUGGAGUCUUAGGAAACGAUGCAGUCAUUUUAGAACGCUUAAAACAACACUCUUCAGCCAGUGCCAUUAGGUUAGCAUCACGGCAGUUCGUCAAUGCAUACCUUAUGCGUGGUAGAGAUUUUGAUAUGGAAAUGGAACUUUCAGUAACACCUGAUGGGUCUAAACGUGUCACCGGGAUAUUUUAUUGUCACCUGUGCAGAGAGAAACGAGAGCGUACCUCAGCUGUACGUUUUUCAAUAGCUCGCAAUAGAUACCCAGUUUUGAGUAAUGUUUUGUCUCAUCUGAAAACUCAUUUCCACUACCGAGGACAACUACUGUCAGGAUUGCAGGCAUCAGUGAUCCAGCAAACUCAAAGCUUACUCAAAUCAGCUAAGUCACUUAACGAAUCCUUCACAGGCCAGGGUACAUAG